UCGCACACACACUCUCUGUACACUGGGGAGCGGGUGACACGAUGUCCGCGGUUCUCCGGCAGAGCGCAGUCCUGCCCCGGCUCCUCCGCAGCACGGUGCCCCGGUGACAUGUCACCGCUCUCCUUCCUUCCCUCCAAUGUGGACUCCUUCGCUUCUCCUUGGUAAUCCGCACGGGGAAUCAUGGCGAGCCGCCGGACAGCUCCACCUGAGGGAGACGGCGAGAGGCAGCAGCAGCACAUUGGUCCGGGCACUGAGGAGGUGUCAAAAAACAAAGAUGGACGAGAACACAGUGAGAUGGUAUCGCCGACGGAGGAGGAAGUCUUCUGCUGGCCCGGUCCAAAGAAUGUUAUGUUGAGGAGGGCCUCCGAGGGCUUUGGCUUUACUUUAAGGCAUUUCAUUGUUUACCCGCCCGAGUCUGCAGUCCAGACUUCGAUAAAGGAUGAAGAAAAUGGAAACCAAGGAGGAAGACCCAGAAACCGGUUGGAGCCAAUGGACACCAUAUUUGUGAAACAAGUUAAGGAAGGCGGACCAGCAAAUGGAGCCGGCUUGUGCACAGGGGAUAGAAUCAUCAAGGUGAAUGGGGAGAGUGUUAUUGGGAAGACUUAUUCUCAAGUCAUUGCUUUAAUCCAGAACAGUGACUCCACCUUGGAACUUAGCGUGAUGCCAAAAGAUGAAGACAUCCUCCAGCUGCUGCAGUUUCCAAAGGAUAUCACAGCUCUGGCAUAUUCCCAUGAUGCUUACCUGAAGGGCAAUGAAGCCUAUAGCGGCAAUGCGCAUUAUAUACCCGAACCUCCACCUAUAUGUUAUCCCCGUGUAAAAUCUGCACCUUCGGUCAUGGCCCAACCGGCUGAGGUUUCACCUCAAGGCACAUCUUUGGCUAAGCAAACUGUUCGGCCGGCAAGAUUGCCAGCACAACCGGACAGAAACCACCGAGUGGAAAUCCAAGUGCCUCCAUCGCCAACCGAACUUGUGAAAUCGAACACUGCUGUAUGCGUCUGCAAUGAAGCUGUAAGAACUGUUAUCGUGCCUUCUGGGAAGGUGGUAGAGCUUUCCUCAAGUAGACCGAAUAGCGCUGGCACUUCACAUCGGGUCGAUCCUUGUGCGAUCAUCAUACCAAGGACCACGUCUCCACCCUCUGCAGCUCCCCCCGCCAUGUCGAUGGUAACUAGACAGGUUGACGCUGGACUUAAAAGCAAACCUCCAAGUUAUGGAGGUCAUGUUGACUCCCUUUGCAGUGCUAGGGCAAUUGUCCCAGGUGAGGAAUCGCCAUCUCCUACUAAUCAUUAUGCUUCAGGUUCUCACCAGCAAAUAGACUGGAGAAAUUACAAAACCUAUAGAGAGUACAUAGACAACAGACGUAUGCAGAUGUAUGGCCAUAGAACUAUACAGGAGCGACUGGACAGCCUUAGAGCAGCAUCUCAAAACACAACGGACUACAGCCAAGUUUCCCCUAUCCGUUCUUCAGUUGAGAUCCGUCGCCGAAGUACAUCCCAUGACAGGGUCCCCCAAUCUGUCCAAAUCAGGCAGCGGAGCGUUUCUCAGGAAAGGCUUGAAGACCCAGUCAUAGGUUGGAAAGAGUGGCCCCGUAGUGCUUCCCAAGACACUCUAACGUCACCAGCUGCCAUUCCCAGGAGCAAUAGAUCGGGGUCUUGUGAUUACCUUACAAAUAAAGCUGAGCAUUAUGGCAGUGACCCUCGUGAUGCGAAUGGUGAAAGAAAGCACAGCUAUAAAUGGACUGGAUUUACCGAACAAGAUGACCGCCGGGGUAUUUAUGAUCGAUCUAGACAGCAUUCAUUUCAUAUGUCCCUUAGAGGCCCAAACUUUCCUGCAGGACCCGUUGUAUAUAGUUCAGAUCAUAGGCGUAGGGUUUUGGGCUCUGCACAUCCUUUGCAGAAGGUUCCUACUGACAUUAAAAGCUCUCCCAUAUUGAGAAAUUUUCAGAGUUCCUCUUGCAGAUACUCAAAUUCUCGGCCACCUGUCUCCGAAAGAACAAACUUUCCACUCACUAAAGCGAAUUCUGUAAAAAGUACUUCUUCCUAUGGACCUAAACCAUUUUCUCUUAACAUAAAUUUAGAUGAUUCCAUCAUCAAAGACCAAAAAGCGGUGAACCACAUAAGUAGAAGUGGGCCGUUAAACAAGCAGAAAACAUCCUCAGCCGAGGCCGCCCAUAGUCUACAUCUGGAUGCAGUUAUCAAAUCUCCCAUCGCUGCUUCUUCACCGAUUCCCGCCAGACCUGCGAAGCAGGUGACAAACAGCUCAGCUACCUCCGAUAACAUGGACCUUCAGAAUGGGAUAAGCCCUACAACAACAGUCCAUAGUUCUGCUGCAGAAUUUAAUUCUGUGGAUCCCGUGGUCUUAAGGGAUAAAUCUCCGUCUGGCGGCCAGACUCCUCAGCCUUUACGACAUCAGUCCUACAUUUUUGCCGUCAAUGAGCAGGAGCCUGUGACUGACUCAACCUGCUGGUUACCCAACGACGCCCGGAGAGAAGUUAAAAUAAAAAGUAUAGAACAGAAGAAGGCAUCUGGUUCCAGCUCCCCAGGGGAUUCUUUAGCAUCCAUACCCUUCAUAGAUGAGCCGACCAGUCCCAGUAUAGACCAUGAGAUAGCAAACAUUCCUGCCUCUGCUGUGAUCUCCACAUCUGUGCAGCAGCCGCUUCCUACCAUCCUGACUGUUCCUCCCAGCCCCAUAUCUACUGCACCUUCAUUACGCCGACUCCACUCUCACGAGCACGAGCCUUCCAGGCCCAGUGCUCUUGAAGUCCAUUCCGCUUCAAAGACCGAAAGGUCUAAAUCAUGCGAUGAAGGACUGGAUGACUACAAGGAGGAAGGGAAGGCAGCUCUGAAGCAUGUAUCCAGCUUGAAAGGCAUAAAGGUUCCAUCGAGCCUACAGUCUUCCGAGGACUCGGAGUCCAGAAAAGAUUCUUCCUCAGACGUAUUCAUCGACUCAAACAAGGAAGGUUAUUUGUACUUCCGGCAGCUCAUCACUGAUAAAGGAAAGAGAGUCGGUGGCAGUAUGAGGCCCUGGAAGCAAGUGUAUGUCGUCUUACGCAACAAUUCCCUGUGUCUGCACAAGGACAGGAAGGAUCAGCCUGGGCAUUUAUCCUCUCAGUCCGAAGAAGAACAGCCAAUAAACAUCACCGGGUGUUUAGCCGAUAUAUCGUACAGCGAAACAAAGCGGAAGAACGUCUUUCGGGUCACCACUUCCAACCGGGAGUAUCUCUUCCAAGCUGAAGACAGGGAUGAAAUGUUGGCGUGGAUCAAUGUUAUUCGCGAUAAUGGCAACCAGAACGAUGAGGAAACUAACCAGGCGAGCAGGGACCUCAUAGAAGAACAGCGGAAGCGCAAGGACUACAACACAGCAAUUAAAUCCUCCAACAACAAAGCUGAACCAUCUCCCAAACCUGCCCGCCCGCCGCUCAGUAUCCCCAAUAUCCGCAAUAAUAGAACAGAUUCAAGACUGCAGAGUCCACAUUCCCCAAAGCAGGAGUCGGAGCGCAGGCUUCUCAAAGAUGAGACCAGUCCACCUAAAGACAAAGGAACGUGGAGGCGAGGGAUUAAUAACAUCAUGAGAAAGAAGAAGGUGACCGGUGGUGGUACCUUUGGCGUCCGUCUAGAUGACUGCCCUCCUGCUCAGACCAAUAAAUAUAUACCGUUGAUUGUGGAUAUAUGCUGUAAAUUAGUAGAAGAGAGAGGGCUGGAGAAUACUGGGAUAUACAGAGUCCCUGGGAAUAACGCAGCCAUCGCCAGCAUGCAGGAGGAGCUUAACAAAGGAUUUACGGACAUUGAUCUGGAAGAUGAUAAAUGGCGGGAUUUGAAUGUCAUAAGCAGUCUGCUGAAGUCUUUUUUCCGUAAGCUUCCAGAGCCUCUGUUCACUAAUGAGAGAUACAAUGACUUCAUUGAAGCCAACCGUAAAGAAGACCCUAAGGAAAGACUUGUAUUACUGAAAAGAUUGAUCCUUGAUCUACCAGAACAUCACUAUGAAACUCUCAAAUUCCUAUGCACUCAUCUGAAGACCGUGGCCGAAAAUUCGGAGAAAAAUAAGAUGGAACCCAGAAACCUGGCCAUCGUGUUUGGUCCGACUUUGGUCAGAACAUCAGAAGACAACAUGACGCACAUGGUCACGCACAUGCCUGACCAGUACAAGAUAGUGGAAACCCUCAUCCAAUGUCACGAUUGGUUUUUCAGUGACGAAAGUGCAGACGAACCAAUUACAGCUGUACAGGAGGAAAGCACAGUAGAGUCUCAGCCAGUGCCAAACAUAGAUCAUUUACUCAGCAACAUUGGAAGGACCGGCUUGUCCCCUGGAGACGUAUCAGAUUCCGCUACUAGUGACUCCGCAAAAUCUAAGGGUUCUUGGGGAUCUGGAAAAGAUCAGUAUAGCAGAGAGCUGUUAGUGUCCUCUAUUUUUGCUGCUGCCAGUCGAAAGCGCAAGAAGCAAAAAGACAAGGUUCAACCAAGCAGUUCUGAGGAUGAGCUGGACAGUGUAUUUUACAAAAGGGAUCUCUCUCCAAUUGAAACACUAACACUAGAGAGUAGCAAAAGUGAAACUCCAAAAAAUAACAACAUGCCUCUAAAACCCAAAGCACUGACACUGAAAAUAAAUACAGAAAAUCUAAGCAAAAAUGAAUUGAAUGCAUGUAUGGAUGUAAACCCCAGGAAGGACAGUACACCUUCUGAUGAGCCAACUACUCCUUUAAAGCUCAAUACUUCUCCGGACAUGAGAAAAAGACUGAAUGUGCAGUCUGAUGACAAAAAAAUAUUCCCUUCCCAGGAGAGCAUGUCUGAUUCAGGAACUGUACUUAGCACUUCAUCCCAGGCCUCAACACAUCGACCAAAACCUAAAAUCAUCAUUAGCCCCGAUAUAAGAAGCAAUGACUUUCUGACUGCAGAGGUGAGCUCCAUCACCUCAGACUACUCUACAACAUCAUCAACGUUAUACACGGUUGGGCUGGAACCAAACCUAAUAAACCAUGAGGUUCAAUCUGUAGCAGAAAGCAAAGGUGAUGAUGCCGAUGAUGAAAGGAGUGAAUUGAUAAGCGAGGGCAGGCCAGUGGAAACGGACAGUGAAACAGACUUUCCAAUGUAUGCUUCAAGCAAUGUAUAUGAUAGGCAAAAUCAGGGGACAGUGGAAGAGUUCUCUCGGAGUAGUCGAAGGAACUCUGAAGGAAGUGCCAGUUGCACUGAAGGAAGCUCAACUCCACGGAUGGACAGCCGACGUUUCAGUUCUCAUAAACUCAUUGAAUGUGAUACUUUAUCAAGGAAAAAGUCUACACGACAAAAGACGGACAGUGAAUGUUCAACUGAAGGCAAAAAUGAUGAAACCCCUGCCUCUUCCAUUGUUGCAGAGGUAGUCAACAAAGGAAUGCUUUCUGGCAAAACAGACUUGCCAAUAAAAGGUGAACCAGAAAAGCAUGAACUUGGGUGGAGGCUUAAAAUAACAGACAGGCUUAAACUGCGCCUUAAAGCUUCUGCCGACGAUAUGUUUGGAGUAGGAAGUCAAAAAGCACAUGCCAACGAAACCAGAAAGAAGAAGAAUAUAAGGAGGAGGCACACGUUGGGAGGGCAGAGAGACUUUGCCGAAAUAAGUGUUUUAAAUUCCUGGAGAAUCCAUGAACCAUCGCGCAGUACAGAGAAUGAACUUUCUGCUGUUGAUCGACUGAAACCAAAGUGUCCAUCGCAAGACCUGUCCAUCUCCGAGUGGCUUGCACGAGAGCGUUUACGCACUAGCUCAUCUGAACUCAGUACGGUAAACCUAGAGGAGUCACCUUUACCGAACACUAAAUUAACAGAGUCAUCAACGCCAAAUCCACAGACGUCGUCUUCAUCCCAAGUCCCCUCCAGUGACGGAACUGAAAAUAUUUCCAACUUGACAUCUCCACAGUCAAGUGAUCAAUUAAACUGGGAGAGCUACCAGAGCAAGAACAAAAGUAACUUUAGUCCUGCUGUUGACGCUCACCCACAUAAGCUUUCUGGUACUCAGGUCGCAAGAUCUACCUUCUACCAGUACCUUUAAAGAACUUCAGUCUGGUUUUGUUGAGCUCAAUUUUUAUGUGACUUGAGUCUAUCUCGAAGUUGCCGUUGGAACUUGUAUUGUAGUAUGACAAGUUGGUGAGCUUAAAGCUUGCCUGUAUCUUGAGGAAAAAAUUCCAAUCUAUAUUGUUCUGUGCCUGAUUUAUUUUUUAUUUUUAAUUGUCUGCAGCCUGUAUGAGGGCUGAAUUCAUUCGUAGGCCCUGUGGAAAGUCUUCAGAGCGGCCACCACAAACAAACCACCUUCUCAAUGGAAGUACUCACAAAAUUUGUACAAAUCGUUUUUGCUUCACGAAUGUGCAUCAUGGCUUCUGUGACCCAGGGUUGUUCUUGUUAGCAGACAUUCACUAUGUAACAAUGUCCCUUUUUCUGGGUUAUUUUUUUUGUCACUAAGAAAAGUGCCUCAUUCUGAAUUCAUCUGGUGUGCUAGGGUGCCAUAUUGUUACAUGCUAAUUGGAGAAACCUGUUGUGAACAGAGAAUUUUAUCAGUUUCCAGAUAUCAUUAAAUUUUACCGAUUUUUAACAGGUGGACUCAGCGCUUCCAUUCGUUGUGCAUUCCGGUAGAUUCAAGUUUUUAUAUACCAACUUUUAAUACAGUUUUAUGUGACUUGAAUUUUUAAUCUUUCUGUAAGAUACAGUAAUAACUUAAUGUGUAUAGAAAUAUAUAUAUAAAUAUAUAUAUUACAUUGUGUAUCUUUUCUUCAGAUACCGGAUUUGAUAUAAAUGUUGUAAGAUAGGCAUGUAGAUAGUAACGGCUGGGUGAAACUGGUUUCUUUCAUUGAAAAGAGUAUAAUUCUGCAUGAUGAUCUAAUACAAUCCUGUACAUGCCUGUGUGCAUCGCCACUUAAACACUGGAAAUAAAAUUGUUUUGGUGA